ACCUACCAACGCGUUAGCAUAUCGAAAAUGAAGUUCAAAAUUUACCAAACCAAAGAACCCAAGUCGAGGGAAGCAAUUGCUGCCAUUGGAUGGUGCAAUAACGAGGAAAUCUACAACUGCAGCGACGACCACCAGCUGUACAAGUGGACCACGACAAACAGGGACUGCAUGCAAGUGGCAAAACUACCGGAUGAUUUCAGCCCAACUGAUCUGCAUUGGUUACUACCGAAGGGAGCUACCGCGACUGCCUCGGGAGGUACCGGUGGUAAAGGAAGCGAUACCUUAUUAAUUUGUAGUGCCGACGGGCGGUUUAUAAUUCUGAACAAGAGUGCUCGGGUGGAAAGAAAUGUGGCGGCACACAGUUCUACUAUAGUUUCUGGACGAUGGAGCCCUGACGGGGCCGGUUUACUGACUGCUGGCGAAGAUGGGAUAAUAAAAAUUUGGUCCCGAUCAGGAAUGCUCCGUUCAACGGUAGUGCAACACGAAGGUCAAAUUCGAUGCGCCCGUUGGGCACCGAAUGCGUCGGCUAUUGCAUAUUGCCAGGGACCGUUCGUUGCAGUUAAACCACUUGCGGCUAACAGCAAGCUAACCAAAUGGAGAGCUCAUGAUGGGUUAGUUUUGUGCAUUGCGUGGUCUAAUAACACGGAUACAAUAGCAUCUGGUGGAGAGGAUUGUCGGUACAAAAUUUGGGACACGCAAGGAGCAAAUAUUUACACGAGUGUUAGUGACGAUUAUGCCAUCACUUCGCUCGAUUUUAGCCCUGAUGGGGAGCUGCUAGCUGUGGGCGGAUUUAACAUGUUGAAGUUAUGUCACUAUUCCGGGUGGAGCCACAGCAUCAACCGUUUUAAUCAGGAAGUCGUUGGAUCGUUAUUUAACAUAACGUGGUCGUCGGACGGAACUCAGGUGACCGCUGGCACGAGCACAGGAAUCAUUAUUUUUGGUCAUAUAAUCGAACGCGAGCUGCGCAACCGUAAUUUAAAGGCUGUAACCAGUGGUCGUAAAACAAUUAUUCUUCACGACAUUGUGGCCAGGACUAAGGAUACAUUGGAUUUUGCCGAAAGAAUAAUAAAAUGGGAAUUAGGAUACGGCCAUCUAGUUGUGGCUACAACACACCAAGUCCACAUUUUCAACGAGAAUUACAUCAAUACUCCUAUCAUCAUUGAUGGACGAAUGGAAAUAAAGAUCAUCAUCCUAGGAAAAAAAAAUUUUCUACUUGUUGACAACACAUCCAUAUGGAUAUACACUUACACAGGCCGCCUACAUUUGAACCCUCGCUUUCCAGCCUCGCAGUCGCAGAUCCUUCAUCUCAACCAUCGCUGUAUAUCUCUUGGAUUAGACACGCUUGCCGUACGAGACCACUCGGAUCAAUCGGUAAUUCAUGUGUUUGACCUACUACCGGGCGCUACCAGACAGGACGAUGCCUACACAAUACACAGCAAAUCCCCUUUAGUAGAGAUAGCCGUUUGUCGUUUUGGCAAUCCCGAUGAUCAAUAUCUGGUUUUCAUCGAUGUGAACCGCGAUCUAUUCAUAACUUGUGUACAAGGUGGUCCUGAUUUCAUUAUUCACAAGAUUGGAACACAAGUGUGUACCGUCAUGUGGUCCAGCGAUACCAACAUUUUAGUAGGACUUCACGACUCUUGCUACAGCGUUUGGUACUGCCCAGGUGAAGCAUGCACAGACCCAACAUUGAUCGCUCUUACAACGUUCACGUUCGAUACAACCGAAUUUGGUAAAAACAUAACCCUGGAAAGUUUCGAAGGCGCAAACGUCUCUCUUCGCAGUUCUGGAGCAAUUUUCACUAUUUCAGUGAAAACCUAUUGUGUUAUUCUGCAUAAAUUGUUUGCAGACAACGCUUGGGAGCGAGCGCUGAAGCUAUGCCGUUUAGUGCAAAAUCAAGUUCUGUGGGCCACCUUGGCAGCUAUGGCUUCUAAAAGGAAUCAGCUGGAUAUCAGUAAGGAAGCUUUCUCGGCUGCCCUUCAGAUAGACAAGGUGAAUUAUUUGAGUUACAUAAAGGAUCUCGAACCGACUAGCGCAGAACAGAUGGCUGAGAAUUCAAUAAUGAACGGAAGGACUCAGGAAGCAGAGAUCAUAUUACUGCAUAAUAAGAAAAUACCCGAAGCGAUAUUGUUUUGUUUGAGAAUGCAUCGCUGGAGUCGUGCACUAGAAAUUGCACAGAAGAAUGAAACUGACGUGGAUCUGGUAUUGAAGGAACGGAAAAAGUAUUUGUUUGCGCUUGGAAGAGAGGAACACGAUCCACAUUUUUUGAAGUUAUUAUGAAUAGAAAAGAUUUAAAAAAAAACAAUUAUGAAAGACUUUUUUAGAUCGAAUGACAUGUAUCAUUCAUAUAAUAUAUGAAUAUAUUAUAUUAUGGCUUAUUAUUAUCUGUGAUUUGGAGAAGAUCGGGGCAAGUGUAUGUAAUGCUUUCGUGAUGGUUUGUUUUUGUAUAUCUUUCAGAAGGAGUUUAUAUAUGUAGCACU